UCACUGUCUCUCAGUAGGCCUCUCUACACUCUUUCCUGUUCUAGCUAGGCAAGCUCCGGUAAUUUAUCCCAGGCCAGCCAUGAAAAGCCAAGCUCUCACCCCCUUCUUGCCCGCUGGCUCCCUCGUCGUGGCUUUCCUCGCCACGUGCCAGGCCGGCAGCAUAGCCGUCUACUGGGGCCAGAACGACGGCGAGGCGUCGCUGGCCGAGACGUGCGCGUCUGGAAACUACGAGUUUGUCAUCCUUGCUUUCCUUCCCAAGUUCGGCAAGGGCCAGACGCCGGAGCUAAACCUUGCCAGCCACUGCGACCCCUCGUCGGGUGGCUGCAGAAGCCAGAGCAAAGAUAUCCAGUCGUGCCAGCGCAGCGGCGUCAAGGUCCUGCUCUCCAUCGGCGGCGGCGACGGGAGCUACAGCCUCUCGUCCCCUGGCGACGCCAGUCAGGUCGCCAUGUACAUAUGGAACAACUACCUGGGCGGCACGUCUUCCUCUCGCCCUUUGGGCGACGCCGUACUCGACGGCAUCGACUUCGACAUCGAGCUCGGCAGCGCCAAGUUCUGGAACAAUCUCGCCACGGACCUGAAGAAGUUGGGCAAGACGGUGCUGCUGAGCGCUGCGCCGCAGUGCCCAUUCCCCGACGAGUGGGAUGGCGGCGCGAUCAACACCGGGCUGUUCGACUUCGUGUGGGUGCAGUUCUACAACAACGAGGAGUGCCAGUUUAGCGCAGGUCGGAGUGCAUUCCUUAACGCAUGGAAGAAGUGGGAGUCGGUGCCGGCGGGGAAAAUCUUCCUUGGACUACCGGCUUCCAAAGACGCUGCGGGGACGGGGUUCGUGCCCGCCCGCGAGCUCACCUCGCGUGUUCUGCCGCUGAUCAAGGGCUCUCCCAAGUACGGUGGUGUCAUGCUGUGGUCCAAGUUCUACGACGACCGCACGGGUUACAGCGACGCCAUCAAGAGCCACGUCUGAGUCCAUGCAGAGUUCGUCCGGCCCGGCGAUGUGUGUUGCAUCUUGCGCGUGUUCUUUAUAGUGU